AAUUGGGAGCUCGGGCAGGGGGGGCCUGUGCGCAGAGGGCAGCGCGGGGCGGCCCUUCCGCCGCGUCACGGGAAGGGGAAGGGGCCGGGGUGGCUGCGGCGCCCGGUUCGAAGCGGGGCGGGAUGGAGAGCGGGGCGGCGGGCGCUGUGCCGGGCCGGUUCCCGUUCCCCUACACUCCGUACCGCAUCCAGGAGCAGUUCAUGGAGGCGCUGUACGGCGCGCUGGAGGCCGGCCGGGUUGGCAUCUUCGAGAGCCCCACGGGCACGGGAAAAUCGCUGAGCCUCAUCUGCGGGGCCCUGUCUUGGCUCCGGGACUGGGAGGAGAAGCGGCGGCAGGAGGAGGCGCAGCUGCUGGCGCUCGGGGCCGGCGGGCAGGACGGGCUGACCCCGCAGCAGGCACGGCCGGACACGGCCGGGCAGCCGGACUGGGUCACGGCCUUUGUGCAGAAGAAAGAGGAGCGGGACAUGGUGAACAGGCUGAAGGAAGAGCAGAUCAGAAGGAAAAAGCGAGAAGAUCGUCUUGAGAAAAUUCAGCGCAACGUGCAGUUAAAAUACGCAGCAAAGAGGAAGAGAUGCGAGGAAGAUGAGGCAAAGCGCCUUCUUCAGCUCAGCCAGGAGGCUCUUUCACAGGGAGCUGGAGAGGGUGCUCUAGACCUGCCAGAUCACAAUGAGGACGAGCUGAUUCUUGCUGAAUAUGAGAGUGAUGAUGAAAAGAAAGUGGUAUCUGGGCUGGAAGAAGAUGAUGAUUUGGAAGAGGAGCAUGUGACUAAGAUCUACUACUGCAGCCGCACUCACUCCCAGCUGUCCCAGUUUGUGCACGAGGUGCAGAAAAGUCCUUUUGGCAAAAACAUACGUCUGGUCUCCUUGGGAUCCAGGCAGAAUCUGUGUGUGAAUGAGGAGGUGCGACACCUGGGCGCUCUCCAGCUCAUCAACGACCGCUGCAUGGAGAUGCAAAAGAACAAACAUGAGAAGAAGAGCAAUGAAGAGAACGAGGGGAAGAGAAUAUGCCCAUUUUAUUCCUUUGAGCAAAUGCAGUUUCUCCGUGAUGAAGUUCUAGUGGAAGUGAAGGAUAUUGAGCAGUUGGUGUCCUUGGGAAGGGAGACUAAAGCCUGCCCAUAUUAUGGGAGUCGAUUCGCUAUCCCUGCUGCUCAGCUGGUGGUGCUGCCCUAUCAGAUGCUUUUGCAUGAGCCUACCAGGAACGCUGCUGGGAUCAAGCUGAAGGACCAGGUUGUGAUCAUUGACGAGGCCCACAACCUCACAGACACCAUCACCUGCAUCCAUAGUGCUGAGGUCAGCGGCUCUCAGCUGUGCUGUGCCCACUCCCAGCUGUCGCAGUACAUGGAGCGAUACAGGAAACAUUUGAAGGCAAAGAACUUGAUGUACAUUAAGCAGAUCCUGUAUUUACUGGAGCAGUUUGUGGCUAUGCUGGGAGGUAAUGUGAACCAGAAUCCUGGAUGUCAGGCAGUUUCCCAAACAGGGACAGUACUAAAAUCCAUCAAUGACUUUCUAUUUCAGAGCCAGAUUGACAAUAUCAACCUCUUCAAGAUUCAGCGGUACUGUGAGAAGAGCCUUAUCAGCAGGAAGCUUCUUGGGUUUGUGGAGCGAUAUGGGGGCCCUGCCUCAGCUGUGAAGACCAGCAAGGAGAACCAGAAGCUGGCUGGUUUGCAGGACUUUCUUCUGACCCUUCAGCAGGGAUCUGAUAAGGAGGCAGGUACCCCCCAGAGCCCUCCUGUGGAGGCUGAGCACGACCAGCUCCGAACUUCCUCUCCACUGAUGCAGAUUGAAGGAUUUCUCUCGGCCCUCACAAAUGCAAACCAAGAUGGCAGAAUAAUUCUCAACAGGCAAGGCACAGUUGGUCAGAGCAGCCUCAAAUUCCUCUUGCUGAAUCCAGCUGUCCACUUUGCCAAGGUUGUGGAAGAAUGCCGUGCUGUCAUCAUUGCUGGAGGCACCAUGCAGCCGGUGGCUGAUUUCCGAGAGCAGCUGCUGUACCGUGCUGGUGUGGACCCUGCCCGUAUUGUGGAGUUCUCCUGUGGACAUGUGAUUCCUCCAGAAAAUAUUUUACCCAUCAUCCUCUGCAGUGGUCCUUCCAACCAGCAGCUGGAGUUCACUUACGAGACCAGAGAUCUGCCUCAGAUGAUGGAUGAGACAGGUCGAAUCCUUCACAAUCUGUGCAAUGUGAUUCCAGGAGGUGUGGUGUGCUUCUUCCCCUCCUACGAAUAUGAGAAGCGGGUGUACGGACACUGGGAGAAGACAGGGCUGCUCUCCCGCCUGGCAGCCAAGAAGAAGAUCUUUCAGGAGCCUAAGAAAGCCAACCAGGUGGAGCAAGUGCUAGUGGAAUACGCUAAGUGCAUAAAGCGCUGCAGCCAGACAGGAGGACAGAUGACAGGGGCCCUGCUGCUUUCUGUAGUUGGAGGCAAAAUGAGUGAAGGGAUAAAUUUCUCUGAUGACCUGGGAAGGUGUGUAAUUAUGGUGGGAAUGCCUUACCCCAACAUUAGAUCUCCAGAACUCCAGGAAAAAAUGACUUGGCUUGACAAAACAAUGCCCAGAGCUGCUGGCCAGGCACCAAGCAGAGUGCUGAUUGAAAACCUGUGCAUGAAGGCAGUAAACCAGUCAAUAGGCAGAGCCAUUCGCCAUCAGAAGGACUUUGCAAGCAUCCUGCUCCUGGACCACAGGUACACACGCCCUGCCAUCUUUAACAAACUGCCCCAGUGGAUCAGGGAGAGAACCCAGGUGAAACCUGCCUUUGGAUCAGCAUUUGCUGAGUUAAGAAAGUUCCAUCGAGGCAAGUUGGAUGCUUUGUGAUGUGGAGCAGAGAAGAGAUUGCAUUUGUCAUUAUGACUUACACCUCUGAUGACUAGGUAAAGUAACAUAAGUUGUUGCUUUUCUGUACUAUGGACUUCGUAAAAUCUCUGCCUUCUGCCUCCUUUGUGGAUAUUUGCUGUUCAGUGUCUGAGUGCUGUGAUGGUGAGAUAGCCUUCAGCACCACAGUCAGAAGGGAAACAGUCAGGAGGUUGUAGGUCUGAGGAAGGUGAAGAGAGUAGCAGCAGGCACCUACUUGUUUACAGCUCU